AUGGCAACCACAACAACGCAAGACUUUACAGCCUACUACCUCCAACGCACCACCCAAGAAUUCGCAGAGGACCUCGACAAAGUCCGCGCCGCCGACGACUUCAAGGCCGAGUCGCUGCCCUUUCUGAUUCACGCCCUGCAGCAGGGCACCGCGCUCUACUCCGCCCGGGACCAGGAGCGCGUCGUCAAGCCUCCUUCAGCUGCUGCUGCUGCUGCUCCUGCUGCUGUCGCUGUCGCCGUGGAUGAGGAUGUAGACAUGGCGGAGGCAGCCGACGAGGAGGAGGCCGCCCCUAAAAAGGAAAAGAAGGAGAAAAAGGACAAAAAGGAAAAGUCCAAGAAGAGGAAGUCGACUUCUGGUUGA